AACCCAUACGAUGAUGACUACCAAGUCAACAAUGGGUCUGACUACUAUCCCUACCAUGAGGAACCACCAUAUGAUACCCCAUCUGAAAACUUUGGAUAUUCUCCGUACCAAGACUUUGAUGGGGAAGAUCAUUAUGAACCUCAUGGUGAUCACGAUGACUAUGACCGCAAUGGGCCUAUAUACGACGAUCAAGCUGAUCCGCUCGUCGAAGAAAUAACAAGAUUAGAACGGAAAAUCUUCUAUUUCGACGAAGUUUUAUUCGCUGAAGGCUCCUGGUAUGAACCACCCUACUCCCGUGACUAUACCCUGUUUGCUGAAGAACAAAUUGAAGCAAACAAGGUGGCAAUUCGAGAAAGAGCAAAACUUCAUGAAUCAGUCCGGAAGGAAAAGGAGUUCAAAAGGAGAUUAUGCGAAGGAUCAGAGAUGAUGCAGAAAAUGUUGGAUGACUUCCAAAGAGAGAGACUAGAAGCCGAGGCUAAAGCUGAUAAAUUAGUCAAUGAUCUCUGUAAGGCUGUUGAACUUAAACGCUCCCUCCAUUCUCAAGAUCAAAUGAGGGAGGUUAAUGCUCAAAACGAGGCUCUAGAACCUAAGACCAACCCAAAACCAUUCAACCAUCAGGUUCCAGUUCUAGAAGAUUCACCCAGUUUUUCACCAUCACAGCAACCCGAGAGCAUAACAACUCUCGUUAGGGCUACUGUGGUGAUGUUACCUGAAUGUCCUCCUAGCCAAGUCUCAACCAGCAUAGUUGUACAAGAGGUGGAACCAACUGAGGGACCUGACUCAGAACCACCUACGCUCAUUCAAGAAAAGGAGGAGGAAGUUUUGCCUAUGGCAAUAAACGACCAUCUCCUUAAUUGUGUUGAAGGAACAACUCCAGAGGAACCUGUUCUGGAGGAAAUAGAGCCCAUUACCUGCCCCCAAGAUACCAAUGGCCAAGAGUCCGAGCAGGAAUCUACAGGCGAGGAAAUACUUUACAUAGAAAAGCCAACUCUGUCUAUAGAAACCUAUGUACGUAAUGCUUCAUCUGAAGACUCAGACCAAACCUUCUUUGACUCCCUGCUUGACGGGUGUGACGAUGUCUGCCCGAAGGAUGGUUGGAGCUUAAGGAGUUGGGAUGAACUUCUGAUGAGUGACACUGAAGACUCUUCCAUGGGGGAAAGCAUGGUCGUAAUCAUCAAACCACAAAUGGAUAGUCAACCGACUGAAGAUAAGGAAGAAAUCAAUUUCGCAAUCAAGGCUAAUGAUGUGGAUCAACUGAGGAGACUUCCGCCACCACCCACCUAUCUAGAGUCUCCUCCUUUUAUCCUGUUGCCGCCAAGCCGCAGGGACGAGUCAAGGAUCCUGGACCUUGACCGAGCAACAAAUCAAACAAGGUGGCACCAGAAGAGAGUUAGAAGGGCCAAACUUUAUGACUCUCGGAUCGGGAAGUCGCGGAAAAAGUGGGUGAGCGUCGAGCUACGGACGUUAAAGAAGCGCUUAACGGGAGGCAACCCGUCAUUCAAAUAACUAAAAUAAUUAAAUAAAAACUUUGAUAGUUU